AUGAUGAAGCCAUUGUUCAUCCUUGGAGCUGCAGGCUUUGCUGCAGCUCGAUACACCGGCUUGACCCACGAAGCCGAUACUGUCGCCAACGAACCGAGUGUGGUUGAGAUGCUCUCUACCAAAGCUCCGUUCGAUGGACCGAAGGUGAUUCCCGUGAAUGCCUCAACCUUUGAUUGGUGGUACUUUGAUGUUGUUAGUGAGGAUGCGUCGCAAUCUCUUACUGUCAACUUCUACUCCGCUCCCCACUCUGCUCUUGGAUUUGGUGCCGAGCUGGACUCUAUCAACUACGUUCAUGUCUCUGGCGUUUUCCCUAACGGGACCAUGUUCAAUUCGGCCGUCGUAGCGGAAGAUAGCUAUGUGAGAACUGUUGGAGAUGGUUCAUCUGGCUCCUGGGUUGGAAGCGGAUUUAGCUGGUCCGGCUCUGAAGAUCUUCUUAAGUAUCGCAUCAAAGCAAAGGAUACUGGCAGCGGAUUCAGCGGUUCCAUGAGCCUUCGUUCGGUUGCCCCAGCCCAUUAUCCCUGCGGACCGCCCAUCAAGGGCCAGUCAGAGGAAGUUGUUCCUGGCGUCGGCUGGGCGAACUCUAUGCCGGAUUCUGAAGGAAAGGUCGAAUUCAAGAUCGGAGACGACUCAUUAACAUCAAUACUUACACUCCGAUUACGUGUUCAGAACUGGGGAUCUCGUCCUUUCCCCGAAAGUGUUGGUUCAUGGUACUGGGGCCAUGCACGCCUUGGAGAGUAUUCCAUCGUUUGGUUCAAUACUCUUGACACUGAGGCCACCGAAUACGUAUCCGCUUAUGUUUCAAAGGCUGUAGAGGUGCUUACACGUCAAUGCUCUGGUCUCAAGAUCCGUCCAUACGGUGACAACUCCACCUAUCCUCCUGUGGUUUCCACUGGCAGCCCAACUGGCUACCACCUGGAGAUCGAUCUCCCAGUUGAGGGCAAGUUGCUUGUGAACGUGACCAACGGUGCUCUUGUUACCACACUCGGUAACCCGUACCAGAGAUUUAUUGGCCCGGUGACUGGUACAUUGGCAGGACAGGCCUUGCCCGCUGGCUCAGGACUCUGGGAGCAGUUCAAGCUUAAGGAGAGCUGGUAA